CCAGAGGAGGCUUCAUGAUGGAGGGAAUGGACCCUCGUCAUCUGGGUAUGAUGGGAAAAAAGUCCAUGGAGCUCCACAAUUAUCCUGAUGCGCUAAGACUGUUUUCAAUGGGCUUGGCUCGAUUGGAAUCUCUUAAGGUGCCUCGACAGUUCGCUGCUCCAUUCCUUAUGGAUCGAGCGGAGUGCUACUGGCAGUUAGGGGAAGUCGACAUGGCACUGCAUGAGAUGGAUAAUGCAUUGUGGCAUGGAUUACCAAGAGAUGCCGAUUUCGCAGAGGGAGAAUCACUAAAGUGGUCAAAUCAUGGCUUUUCUCUCUUGGAGGGACAUCAAUUUGCCAUGGCCGAAAAAUGUGCCAAGUUUGCCCUUUAUUUCCAUACCUCACCAAGAACUAGAGCCCAGGCGUUUCUGUGUCAGGUGAUUGCACGAUAUGAAAUGGGUAAAAUCACAGGAGAAACAACGGAAACGAAAGAAAUCAAGAAACUGGAUCCAAAUCUUGCAAAGCUUCAUGCUCAUGAAAGGAAGAAUAGUGCCAUCAGAAACAUGCAGAAUCAGAAUUACCAGUGGGCAAUUAAGAGCUUCAUUUUUGCUUUGCUGCUUCAUCCUGACGAUGGUUCCAAGAUGAAAUUUAAACGUUCUGUUGAAAGUCAUUUGGCAAAUGCUUAUUUUAAAAUUAAACAAUACAAAAAAGCAGUUGAUGUUGGAAAGGAAAGCUACAAGUCAAACCCUAACUUUAGGUCUAAGGAGGAAGCUGAAAGGUGGAAGAAACGCGGAAACGACCUCUCGAAGGAGCCAAAUCUAGUGGAUCAAGCGAUUGCCUGUUAUUCACUUGCGUUAAACUUUACACCAGCAGUAGAAAGAGAACUCAAGGCGACCAUUUUUUCCAAUCGUUCUCUGAUGUACAAUAAGCAAGGAAAAGCUGACCAGGCACUGAGGGAUGCACAAAAUUCUGUGGAGAACAACCCUAGAUGGCCUAAGGCAUACUAUCGUCUGGGAUCUUGUUUAUUUGUGCAGAGAAAGUAUAGGGAAGCGAUGGAAAAAUUCUCAGAAUCACUGAACUUGUUACUUAACGAUGCUUCACGGUCAGACCACCAAGCAGUAGAUACUUUGAGUCAACUGCUGUCCGUAGCAUUGGAACUACCAGAUGGCACUUCAAGCAUCCAAUAUGAAAUUCCAAAGACUUAUAUUCAAACAGUCCUAGACAAAGCUGUAAGUGACGAGGAUUGGGCCACAUUGCAUCUUCUCUUCUUGGGUGGAGGAGGACCUAAAAAGUUUGAGAAAGGUUUGGGAGGCCUUGCCGAUGGCUGUGAUGCAAGCAAAGUCCCAUUAACAGAAGUAAUAAGCUGUGAUUUUUCAGAUCUCGGAAAAUUCGUCAGCGUACUGUUGGAUCACAAAGCACGUGAUAGUCCCCAAAAAAGAGAAAAAACUGCUUAUAAGCUCGCCAUCGACCUGAACAAAUUUGAUGUUGCUAGUGUGUUAAUGGAUAAAAACACUACUUCAGGGCCUGGCGUACAACUUAAGAGAAAAUUCAAAGAGGAUGCCAAAAAAGCAUUGGAAGAAGGAGAUAACAGUAAAGCUAUCGGCUUAUUUCAAUAUUCCUUGACACAAAGAGGAAACACGAUGGAGGAACGGCGCGAGACGUUACAAACUUUAUGUGAAUUGUACUUCCAAGAAAAGGACUUUAGAGAGUGUCUCGACAGUGGGCGCGAAUUAAAAGAAGAUUACCCGAAGGGAUACAAAAAUGAGAGUAAUGCGACACAGUGGAAGAGCUGGGGAAAUGAGUUACAUAAGGAAAGAAAAUACGACCUUAUGGUUGAUUAUUAUACACUUGCCUUGGAAUUCACACCAAUAUCAAAUAUUGAGCUGAUGGCCUCUCUUCUAAGCAACCGGUGUUUGGCGCUAAACAACCUGAAGAAGUUCAAGGAAGCCUUGGAAGACGCAGAACAAUGCAUCAAAAUAAAGCCAAAGUGGUUUAGGGGGUAUUCUCGUAAGGGAACAUGUCUUCUGCAUUUGAAAAAGACUCAAGAAGCUCUGCGAGUAUUUUGUAAAGGAUACACCCACGCUUUCAGCGAUAAAGAGAAACAGAUAACUGCAACAGAUGUGAUUUCUACCGCUAUGAUGAUAGAAGGUGGAGAAUCACAGACUACUUGCACUCUGUCACCCGACGUGCUACGAUUUCUGGUGAAGGACGCAACCGAGAAGAAAGAUUGGAAGAAACUAAGAUUUCUAUAUCUUGGUAGCGCCCCAAAUACAUCAUCUAGAGGACCAGCUAGAGAAUGUGACGCCUCGUAUGUGCCUCUGGACCUUCUUAUUGAGUCAAAUUUUGAAGAUGUACACAGCCUCGUCAAAGUUCUUCUGCAACGUAACGCCUCCGCGGACGGACUACGAGCUUGCGCCAGGCCCCCACUUUUGGCUGCCAUGGAAAUGAUGAAUUUUCCGCUAGCUGUGACUCUGUUAAGAAACAACGCUGAUUCAGCUUGCAUAGUUGGCCAUGGGAUUUUCAUGAACAGAGAGGGUCAACCGAAGCAAUGGCUUCAACUUGGUCGCAAAGCAAUAGAUGCAAACGACAGUAAAAAGGCAGUAAUGCUGCUCAAAAUGUCUCUGUACCUUUCGGAUUCUAACAAAGACAAAACUAUAGCAGCACCGAUAUACCACGCGCUGGCAGAGGCCUACUUCAUCGGUAGUGAGCACGGAAGAUGUAUUGACGCAGGAAAGGAGUGCUUUAAGUUACAGCCUGUAAAAUCAGAGGAAGAAGCAAAGAGGUGGGGAAAACGAGCCGACCAAACCCUUCACUUAAGGAAUUACAACCAGUCCAUUGACUACUUGAAUCUGGCUUUAAAGUAUACUCCAGCUGACUCAAAAGAGAUCUUUUCACUUCUGUUGUGCCAACGUUCAGAGGCUUUCCAACAGCUGGACAAUUUCAAAAGCGGUUUGGAAGAUGCAGUAAACGCAUCAAAGAUGUGCCCAGAAAUGUCUAGGGUUUAUGUACAUCAACUUAAGUGUUUUCAGGCACUUAAACGGAAAAAAGAGGCGAUGCAUGCUACAAACGAGUGCCUAAAGAGAACAACAGAUGAGAACUUCAUGUAUUCCCUUUUGUGUGACGCUUUGGCUACUGCUUCCAGUCUUAAAGAGGGAACAUCAGCUAUAACGGCCCCUGUGCCCAGCAAACUGCUAGAAAAGCUAGUGAGCGAGGCGAUAAGGGAGAAGGACUGGAGUAAACUAAGAAUACUGUAUCUCGGGGGAGGAGGACCAGGAUCACAACCGACAGGAAAUGGAGGAAUGGCGACUGAAAUCAACGCAUCCAGUGUCCCACUUGGAGAAAUCAUACGAUCCAAUGAGCCUGGGCGACUCACUUUCGUGUCAGUUCUCCUCAAGCAUGGAGCCUCAGCAAAUGCCAUUGAAGAAUCGGAUACAGUACCUUUAGCGGAAGCUAUGAGACCGCCAAACUUACCCCUUGUGGAAAAAUUGGUGCAGAAUGGAGCCAACCCCUGUGUAAUGAGUAAAGAAGGAGAGCCCAUAAUUCACCAAGCAUUGAGGAGUGGUCUUCAGAAGAAUGGGACAUUUGAAUUCUUGAAAGCAAUGCUGAAGUCCCCACUCCCCGAAGUUCAAAGUGUCCAAGACACGGACGGCAACACUCUUUAUCACAUUGCAUGCAUUGGCAAGAAUUUACAGCGAAAAAAGUGUGACGCAAUCCGAAUACUUCGAGAGGCAAAUAUAAAUCCGAACCUCCGAAACAAGAGGAAUGAAUACGCAAUCCAAAAGGUUCCAUCCAAACGUGAUCCUCGUUGGAAGAUGUUAGAUACUACCUUACAAUGUUACAAGUUGAACUCUUCUGUGUCUGUCACCCACGAAGAAAACUCUGAAAAGGUCUCUAAUGAAGAACGCGAUAAGGAACUUCAAUGGGCAGAUGCAGAAGAGGAAUACGUUUCAGACGGAGAUGAAGAAAAACCAACAACAGAGGCCAAGAACACGCCUCAAAACGUCAACGUUUUGAAGAUAGAUCACAAACAGCUGCAGCGAAAGGAAAGGAGGGAAACUAUUGUCAGCUUGAUAGAUGCAAUAACGCCUCUUUCCACAUUUGUUCCAAACGCAUUUGAUACAAACGAAGAGCACGACGAUAUGGAAAUUUUCAACGAGUCUUCAAGGAGCCCUCGAGCUGCAGAGAGUAACGACGUGGUGAUUGAAGACGAGACCGUAGAUGACGAUCGAUAUGUUGAUGAGAAUGACAUCCUUGGAGACAGUGACAAAGAAACGGAAAUCGACUCUAAAUAUCCUUUUGAAGAUCUUCCAUGGGAAGUGGACUGUACUGAUCGAGUUUGGAAGAUUAUGAGAAACAGAAAAGUUGGUUUCUCUACGAGGAAACGUAUAAUCGAUAAAAUUCGCAUGUUAGCCAAUGGCAGAUGGAGUAAGACACUCUGCAAGAGACUAGAAGGAGAAGCGAAGAGGAAAGACAUUGAGCUUUACGAAUCAAAGCUAACAAAAGGUCAACGAAUAAUUUGGGAAAAAACGAUCGCCUUCUCUGGUCGAUGCAGCGAAAACCCCGAGCUCCGUCUGGAUAAGAAGAAUCCUGAGGGUCGCAUUUACUCAGAUAUCAUUCGGGUGUGGGACAUUGUAUUGGACCACGACAAACUUCAACGUUCGAUAGGCCUCAUCGUCAAGUCACAUGACAGAGGUAUGGAUUGCAUUGUGAAAAGGAAACUCAAAGGCAUGCCGGUAAAAUCUGGAGGUAACAGCGCGUUAACUUCCGAAUGUUUACCAAACAAGUAUGCAGAGAUUGGUGAUUUGGAGCAAAAAGGAAAUCCACAAGCCAAGAAAAGCGUACCGAAGAAGUCGACCAUUGCUGACAAUUUGCCUCAAAUUUUCUUUCCACCUGCAAGUGCAAAUGAGCAAGAAUAUCACAUUCUCAAGUUCUACUCAUUUAGCACUGCCCUCGUUAGAACAGUGCUAGAAAGUGACAUUUCUUCUAGGAUCGACUUUCCUUUCAAGAUAACUGAACUCGAGCAUGCCAUCGUUAACCUUCGCCCAGAUCCUCCGAUGCCCAUCAUUCUUCUUGGUCGAAGUGGUACAGGCAAGACUACUUGCUGCCUCUAUCGCUUAUGGGACCGGUUUAAAAGUUACUGGGAACGUGCAGAAACUGCUGGCCCCCACAUUCCACGAUUUCUGUCCCCUCCAUUGAAAACUAGUCAAUGCUCCGACGACGAUGAAACCUUACAAAGUAGCAUUGAGCAGGAUAUUAAUCAAGCUGAACGUAGUCCAAAACAGGCAUCUGCAUCUACAGAAUGCCAAAAACCCAAUGCUUCGUCACAUUCAGCUUCAGCUCCAGCGUCACGAGAUGACCAUCACGAUCAAGUAAUGCAAUCAAACUCUUGCCCUCCAAAGGCAGAAAACCAGCUUGAAGACAAUGAUCAAGAAGAAAAGAAGCAACCUGAGAUGUACGAACAUCUUCACCAAAUCUUUAUUACAAAGAACAAUGUUCUCUGCAGCGAGGUUGAAAAAAAUUUCAAGGAGCUAUGCCAUGCCUGCCCAGCAGCACAACACCGUAUACCAUUUGAAGACCAAUCUCUUCCUGCAAAGAUGCAGGACGUUGCUGCAGAAGCGUGGCCACUUUUUGUUAAUUCAAGGGACUGGCUUCUUAUGUUAGAUGCAUCUCUUCCUGGCAAAACCUUCUUUAACCGCGCUGAGGAUGGAAGUUUGCUUCGGAAAAUUGAUGGCUGGGGGGAGGAAGAUAGCCAUUUACAAUUUAUCCCUGCCACGGAAUCAGACGACGAAAGUGACCACGAAGAAGAAGACGAGGGGGGCGUUGGAACACAACAUGGUAGCGAAGAAACUAAAAAAAAAGGGAAAGAAACAUCCAUUAAAAAGGACAAAGACCCCAGAAGGGAAAUCACUUACCCUGUUUUCAAACUUGAAUUAUGGCCAAAAAUGAAAAAGACUUCAAAGGAGAAGGUUGAUUACCAUCCUACUUUGGUGUGGACGGAAAUACGGUCUUUCAUAAAAGGUUCUGCUGAAGCCCUGCUGAGUGAAAAUGGAGAGCUUUCACUUGAGGAUUAUGAGUCCCUAGGAAAGAAGAAGGCUCCAAACUUCUCUGCAGACAGAAAGGUAGUUUAUGAUCUGUAUCGAGUUUAUCAACGAGAGCGAUCCUCAAAACGGAUGUUUGAUGAAGCAGACCUGGUUUACAACAUUCACAAACGCAUCACUGCUCCUGAAUGGUCAGUUCAUCAGGUCUAUGUCGAUGAAACCCAAGAUUUUACUCAAGCGGAGUUGUCUUUAUUGAUUCGUUGCUGUCGCUCUCCCAAUGAACUUUUUUUUACUGGUGAUACAGCACAGAGUAUAAUGAGAGGAAUUUCCUUCCGCUUUAAUGAUCUAAAGUCUUUGUUUCAUCACGCCAGGAAGGCGGCAGGUAUCACUGAUGACCAGAAUAAUUUCAUUACAGUCCCAAAGAAGCUGUAUCAACUGACGCACAAUUAUCGAUCACACGCAGGAAUUCUACGUCUUGCCUCCAGUGUCGUAGAUUUGUUGCUGACAUAUUUUCCUGACUCAUUUGACAGAUUGCAGAAGGAUGAAGGACUUUUCGAAGGACCCCGACCGGUCCUUCUGGAAUCCUGCAGUCCUACAGACCUUGCAAUGAUUCUUCAAGGAAAUCAGCGGCAAUCCUCAAGAAUUGAGUUUGGUGCUCACCAGGUGGUUCUUGUGGCGUCAAAUGAGGCGAGAGACGCAUUGCCUGAUGAACUGUCUCAAGGAUUGGUGAUGACCAUCUACGAGGCCAAGGGACUUGAGUUUGAUGACGUCUUGAUUUACAAUUUCUUUAAGGAUUCUCAGGCUACGAAAGAAUGGAGAGUUGUUACCAGUUUUAUGAGAGAUGAAGGCUUCGCUGGUCUUUCAAGUUCGAUUGGUCUGGCUGAGGUAACAGAGGACAGCGUUACGGUACAGUCCUCACGUCCCCUUAAAUUUGAUCCGGACAAUCACAAGGUUCUGAAUUCUGAGCUCAAGUAUUUAUACACAGCUAUCACUAGAGCUAGAGUCAACGUCUGGUUCUUUGACGAAGACAAAGAAUCUAGAGCACCCAUGUUUGAGUUUUUCCAGAAACGUGACCUUGUUAAAGUUGUAUCAAUGGGAGAUAAUGACGCUGGAUCUGGUGAGCUGGCCAGUAUUUGUGCUACUAAAUCAACGUCAGACGAGUGGCGAAAGGGUGGUUUGCGCUUCUACAAACGGAGUUUGUGGAGACUUGCCAUACAGUGCUUUGAGUUCGCUGGUGAUGAUGUCUGGGUUCGGAAAAGCCAAGCACAGCAACAAGCAGCAGAAGCCAUUAAAUUGCGUUUCACAAAUCGUCAGCAAAUGAAGGACGAAUUCCUCAGGGCAGGAGAAAGCUUCCUGAAAUGCAGCAUGUUUGAUGAGGCCGAGAUUUGUCUAAAUAACGCCAGAGAGUGGACCCUUUUAGCUCGACUGUACGAGAAAACAGGAAAGUUUCAAGACGCUGCUCGCCUCUUUAAGAAAGAAAGACUUCACAAGGAAGCAAGCAGAUGUUACGAAGCACAGAACAACUAUGCGGAGGCGAUCGAAGUCUUUUGCCGUGCACGCAUCUUUGAAGAAGCACUGGGUGCCCUUGAACGUUACAAUAUCCUGGCAUCAAGUGGCGACUUAGAGGGUAAACAAGGCAUUAUUCCCCCAAGAUCUACUCGCACGGUGGAAAGACUACGUCAUCAACUGGCAGACCAACAUUUCAAGAGAGGCGAAACAAUCAAAAUGGAAGAGGUCCUUCAAUACCUUCCAUCUACUACCGACCGUAUAACGUUCUUGAAGAAACGUGGAUGUAUAAUUGAGGCAGCCAGAGCCUUGGACGAUGACGGAAGACGGGACGAAGCUGCUCGACUUUUAAAAGACGCGGGAAAAUUUGAGGAAGCUGAAAGGUAUUCUACCGAUCCAAAGUUUGCCGCCGACUGUUUGAUAUCGCUUGUUCGCACCACCACGUGGAGAGAAGACAGCUCUGCGAUUCUUGAAAAAGCUAUUGAGAAGUAUCAGCUUUGUGGUAACCCUAAUGGCCAAGCAGAAGCCUUGCUGUUGCUGGGAAGAUUGUCUCAUGACUCUAGGAAGCUCCAGGAGGCGGGAAGAUUGUUUGACAAGAGUAAAAAUCCUUGUGGGGAAGUAGAGAGUGUCAUGAAGCUGCUUGAGACGACAAAUUUUGCACCUCCGAAAACCUUCCAACAGUGGAUGGCUGUGAGAGCCUUGGAGAGAGUGCUGGGGCUGAUUACUACAUUACACAUGCCUAACAAAAUGCUAACCUUGGCUGAAGAGAGAGAAAUUACAAAGUGCGAAGAGCAUUUUGGACUUUUUAAAACCGACACCGCUAACGAAAAGAGGUACUUCUGCAAAUCCGGGGGCAGAUUCUCCCUGGUCUAUCCAAAAAUCAUUGAAAACGAUACCUCCAACACGGAGGCGACGAUAAACACACUUGAUGCGCAUAAGGAAAUACGACGAUUCUUGCUUAAUGAAUGUGCCAAACUAAUAAAAAUGACUCACGUGAUGCUUGAGAAGACGCUGGCCAAAAAUACUCUGUGCACCAACAAGGGGAUGGGAACAACGUGCAGCGAUUCAAGUUGUGAAAAUCAGCAUGCAGAUUCGGUAGACCUUUUCAACAACCGCUUUCUCGCUCUUUUCCAUUUCAUUUAUUUGGAAUCAGUUGUUGAAUCGUUCAAGUUGCAGUUGGCUUUACGGAAAGAAGAGCAGGAGACCCUCCCAUUAAUUAUAAAAGAAUUUCGUGAAUUCCGAACCUGUCAGCGUUUUUACGACUUCUUGUUUCCCUCGUCAGGUUAUCGAGAAUAUCACCUUUCAUUAGCAAGCAUUCGCCACCUUAACAGGACUAAACUGGUCACCAAGCGCAUUUUUCAAUUUGCCAACGUUUCGUGGAAAGAAAAUCCCGAGGAGCUGCGCCGGUCAGACACGAAUAAUUUUCUUAAAGUUUCCUUUUGUCUGCAGCUAAUCAACUCUUCUCAGUCCAUGGUGAAGUGGAUUUGCGAAGAGGAAAAAUCGUUCGAGAGGAAGACAAGGACGCCAAAAUUCAGGCCCACAAAGGAUCUGUUAGCAAAGAAUGGUAUGAUCUAUUCUCAUGAAAAUGGACGUUACGAAAGCUACUUGCAAUGGUGGGAGUACGGCAAGAAAAGGCUUUACGUUCACGGAGACGUGGAAAACGCUGCUCAUAUUAUCAUUAGACGUUUCCUUACUCUAACAGCAAAGCGAAGUCAGAUGAUUUAUCCAUCCAUUGCCAACACCGUUAUGAUCUUGGAGCAUCAACUGACAGCCUGCCUUGCUCUGUACAGCCGUUUGUCUAUAGAGAACCGGUAUCCUGUGUGUCUGCCAGCAAGUUAUCUGACGAUGGUGAGGUUUUGGGACAAUUGCAGGCCAGGAGCCGACAAAGGCACAUUUACCUUGUACCAAGCUGUUGAGAAGAGCUUCGCGCAGGAAGACAACAAAAUAAAACUGCUUAAAGCCGUUCGCUCUCUGUUAGACUACAUGGUGAAGCUGACAUGUGGUGAGGUGGCCGAUUCAUUUGAUGUUUUAGGGGACGCUCUUGACUCAAAAGAGAGUCCAUUGUAUUGUGACUCUGGAGAAGCAGAGAGAAGCUUGGUGCUCUUCUUGACCAUGAUGUGCAAUUGUGCCAAAGGAAUUUCGAUUUAUCUGGAAGAAUUCAUGCUCAGAAAAAUCUUGCGUAUCAAGGCAAACCAUCGGUUAACAAGCCGCAUCAACAGCGUGUUAGACAAAAUCCAAGAGGUGCAAGGGCCACGUGAUGUGGUAAUGAUAUUGAAGACGUUCCUGCAAAGUAGGGCCGAAGAACUUUAUGAUCUCCGCUGGUACAAUGGAAGAUUGUGGUACGAUGGAGUAUGCAAACCAACCUCUUACCCAAACACAUUUCACACAGACCUAACGCACAUACGCGAAGGACUGCAACAGGAUUCAGACCGCGAGAAAACGUCUGAAGACACGGAAACUUUAAAUACAACCGAAGCCGAAGCAACCGAGGAAGGAAUGGAUGUGGAACUUACGGAAGAAGAGCGCAAAGAGAGAGAAAACAUUCAACGAGAUUUUGCGGCUACCACAAUCCAAAGGUGGUACAAACGAAUAAAGUCACUGGAGAAAAAGCAGGCUCAAGCCGCAGUAGUACCAGCUAAGACAUUGCAAAGACUAGAGUCCACCCAGGAACAAAUAAAUUCAGAAUCUGAUCUCUUAGAGAAGCAUUUUUCCCAAUUCAGAGUCGACGUAUCUGCUUGUGGGAUCUGUAGGAUCAAUUUCAAGCCUUUAGCUGAGGACACCCUGCACAUGAACAAUGAAGAUAGCGAAGGAACCAGUGAACCAACAGAAGAAGAAACGUCAACAGACAUUGAGAGAGAGAAUGCAGUAAUCCAUGGAAUUUCCCCAGCACAUUUGGAAAAAGUGAAGGCUUUCAACCAUUACAAAGAUAUUUAUUUGUCAAAAGUCCAUCCCUUAUAUACGAGAGAAGCGCAACUAAGCAAGGUGGUGGAGGAUCAUUCCUUGUAUGUUAAAGUACAAUUGGAUAUGGACCGCCUAGAGGCGAGUCUUUCAGCAGUGAAGAGUGAAGUACAUAACAUAGAGACUGCUUUGAAAUGGGAAAAAGUCAGUCUUCUGCAAAACGCAAUAACAGAGUCUGAAAACACAAUGCAAGAGACAGAAAGAGUCGUAGAACAAGCAAAACAAGAGUCCUUCGCUGCAGAAAAUGAAGACAGUGAACCGGAGGAAGAAGGCGAAGGAUUGCACGAAGACGACAAGGAAGAAGAACAUGAUUUCAGUCCCAUUCAAGAAAUCCCACAUGGAAACAAAAAAGGUGGUGGCAAAUCUAAAAAACCUCGUAAAAAGCGUAAGAAGUAGACAGAUUGCGGGGGGCAUUUUCAGUUGCGUGAAAAAUACCUUCCCUUGUAAAUCAUCAUAGUAAUCUGUCGGGGGGACAAUGACUGUUUAAUUAAGGUAUGAUAGGAUUCCUCCACGCAGGAGUUGUUUUCGGACUGACCAUUUCAUGAAACUGCUUGCAAAGUAUUGACGUACCACUAGCUUUUGCUGGACUAGCAGCACAUUCUUGGCAGAUAGAGGUGUUAUCAAUGGCGACGACAGUACAAGACAAACUGACUCCAGUAUCUGUUGCAGUGACUAACCAGAUGAUAGGUUUGUUUAUCCAAGCUCUUUGUGUAUUGCAUGUCACAAUGCAUCGACAGGCAAAAGUCCUCAACGGACCUUUCGACAGACGUGUUGAUCGUGUACCAGGAUGUCCAGUCUCACCUGGUGUAACUGAGAGUGGUCCACCACAGACCUUAAGGCAGAUAUUGUUUUAGUCCUGUCAGGGUGCCCAGUUU